AUGGCGUCUCAUGACCAGACCGACCACCACGCCGGCGAAGACAAAGGCCCCAGAGUUAAGGCAGCAGUCAACACCGAGGCUGCCAAGGAGAAGGCGCAGACGGCCAAGGAUCAUGCGAUAGAGGGAAAGGAGAAGACAGCUGGCUUUCUGCAGCAGACUGGCGAAAAGGCGACGAAUGCAACGAGGGGAGCAGCAGAAGCAGUUAAAAGCACUUUAGGAAUUGGGCAUGACGACAAGGAUAAGGAGACGAAUGCUGCGGAGAGAGACGCGGGAGCAACUAAGGAAUAAGACUAAAGAACCCACACAUAGCAU